GGCCUCAUCUGGGCACCUCCAGCGCGCCCUCCGCAAGGUUGCCGCGCUAUCUUUGGCCAGUGGGGCCAACCUGCACGCGCGCUGGAGGCUCGGCGAGUUCAACCCAGCUGCGCCGGUGACCCGGGCGGCCGCGGCGAGCCUGGUGCAUGCCGCCCGCCCGCCGAGCGGCCGCUUGACCAUGCUGGAGCACGUGGCGGUCUCGGCGGACACGGAGAUUGCUUACCGAGCGCUGCUGCAGGGUUUCGUGGACUACUGCCUCCACUCCAGCCGCGAUUGGCACGCCGUGGAGGGUCUGGACCUAGCCGUGACUUCGCACAUGGACAGGCUGUGCUUGGAUGGGCACCUGCCCGACAAGGGCGGCAAGUUUCUCGCCGCCCUGGCCCGCUUUGCGCCCGAGCUCCAA